AUGCCAAAUGAUAAAAGCGAUCAUGCGAAACGAGAUGUUCUGUUUCUUUUGGACACGUCGGCAAGCAUUGGUGAGGGUCAGUUCGAUAGAGCCAUCGAACUGAUUCGUGGUACCGUGAAAGGCUUCAGAAAUAUUGGUCCGGAUGGAACUCAGGUGAAUCGUGUGAUUCAAUACGUUAUGUGUGCGCUCAGAAUGAAGUUUUUGUUGCUGGCCUUUUCUACGAGCAUAAACGAAUGUGGAUGA